GCCACGGUCGGUCAUGCGACAGAUUUAACGAUAAUCCCAUUUUGUUUGUGUUUGCCUGAAUUUGUCACCCUACCAUGAUUUGGUCGUUUUUAGCAGUGUUGAUUUAUUAUUGUUUGCCAUUUUACUUUUUAUGCGUUGAGGACAUUCUAAUACAACGUCAGAAUCCUCCGGAAACUCCAAGUCCCGAUUAUCCUCGGUGCAUGGUCUGAUGCCGACAUUCAAGGGCGAUGACGACGAGCACCUAGAGCUGGAAUGAAGCUGAAAACAUCACUAUCGUUUUCCACAUACCCAACGGUCAGUACGAUUUUUGAGUUUAUGCCGAGGAAAACUCUGACAAAACAUCUUUAGACAAUCCAAAAACGCAGAAAAGUCUUAAGACUUUUGGUCAAUUGAAACAUAAAACAAAAAAAUUCAAACACGAUGUGGAUUAGAUUAAUAGCCGCGUUUGUCGUUUUGUUUCUUAAUCCCGUUCUCUCAAAUUCUGGCUUGUCGACCAAUUCAUUUAGCAAUGAACUCCGAACCGGGUUCGCCAGACUCUUUCAAACGGGUAUCGAACAACCACUAUACAAUCCCUUUAUAAUUUUGAACCCAGAAACUCAAAACAAUUUAAUAGGACAACUCCGACCAGGGCAGAAUGGACCAUCAAGCUCAACUGGUUUUAUCGCACCGAUUCCUCGACCUAGGUACGAGUUGCAGUAUCAAUCAUGGAUGAUUCCUUAUUUUUUUACAUCCAAUAGGUACCAUCCGCCAAAACCAAAGAGAUCGAAUGACGUGUUGGUAAUCGUUUUCAAGACAGCCAAUUGUUCAACGAACGGAACAAGUCCAGAUGACAGUGAUGAAGAAUCUGGAAAUCCUGAUGAUGAUGCUGAAGAAGUUGAUGUAGUCACAGGAGGUACGGAUAAUGGUAAGGAGCCAUCUCGUUGUGUAUGGGCUAUUCUCUCGUGCUGUGCUCCAGCUAAUAGUCCUGUUAGAUAUACAUGUUUUGAUGUAUUAGGCUGUAGUAGUGCAUUUUGGGAAUCUAACCCAUGCGUACCGCCCGUUAUUAAGGUAGCACUAGAAGAGGCUGUUAAAUAUUAUGGACCUAUCACAUCAUUCAACCGAACUAUGACAUCGCCAUCACCUGCUGGAGAUCCUCCAACUGACACUGACAAUAUGCCCGUUGAUAUAAACACAAAGAGUGCUGAAAAUUCUACAACUUUGCAACCAUCCGCAUCUUAAUAUUAAAAUAAUUAUUAUUUAAAACUAAUGUUUGAGAACGAUAGUGAUUAUUGGCGAUUUAAAUACAUUCAAAUAUAUUGAAAGAAUUUAACAAUA